CGCUCUCAAAUAAAAAUUAAUUAAGUAACUUGCUAUAGUAGGAAAUAAACAAAUUUAAUAUAAUAUAAUAGGUUAAUUUAACUAAAAAUGAUAGUUGUUAAUAAAUAGGCUAACUCAAAUGUAACUUAGACUACUGUCCGUAAUUUUUAUCCAAAGAAUCCUCCUAAAUCAGCAGCUUCUCAUUCAACAAUGACUUAUUCAAAUGAUAAUUUGUUUAAAAGCUAGCAUGUUUAUUCUCCUCAUAAUUAAUUUAGUUAAUCAACAACUCCGAAUGCAAAAAAUUUUAAAAUUGAAGAAUACAGCAGUGCAUAUGGAACUCCUAAGUAUUCAAUAAAUUAAUCUAAAUCCUAAAAAGUAUUUCAUAAUACAGCUUAAUCCUUCUUCAAACCAUAAUAAAAUGAGUUAAGUGUUUCACAGUCUUAACAUCAACUUACUUUUAGUCAAAAUUUUAAUAACAUAAGUAGUAAAAAGUAAACUGAGGAAGGAGACAAAGAGAAAUUGCUAGAUGCAAAGAAAGUAAGACAGCAAACUGAAAUGAAUGUAAAUUUGCUGAAGAAUAGAAUACAUCUGCUGGAGUUAAAAGAAAAAGAAACUGUGAAUAAAAUGAUCUAAACGUAAAAGAAAACUAUUGACAUUAUUAUGAAUAAAACAAGUCACUAAUAAAAAAUUCAGAAAAAGUAAGAAUCCCUUCUAAAAGAGCAAGAAGAGUUGAUAAGAAAAUAAAUGGAAGUAAAAAUAUUGAGAGAAUAAAAAAAAACAAAAGAUGAAAUAUUGAAGUAAAAAAGAGUUCAAUCUGCCUAGCUUCAAGCUAAAAGGAUAAAAGAUCUUAAAAGUUUAUAUUCUACACAUUUACAAUACAUGCAAGAAGAAAUGUGGUUAAGGAAUGCUUAAAGCUACGAAACUGUCAAGCUCCAAGAAAAAGAAUAAGAAAUGAAGCGUAAAUAACUUGAGGAUAGUAAGAAAAAUCUGGCUCACCAAUUAUACAAAAACAGAUGUAAGUAGGAGAUUUCAAAAAAAGCUUAAAACGAAAUGUAAUAUUUAGAACUUGAACGCAAAGAAUAAGAGUUAUUAAAAAAGCUUGAAGCUUCUUAAAAUUUAUAAUAUUUAGCAUUUACUGAACUACAAAAAGCUCUUAGUCCUUAACAUGGUUAAAGCAUUUCAAAUAAUUCCAGUACUAACUUCAAAUAGAGCACUCAUAAUUAUUACAUUGAAUGA